GGUCCCCAGGGCCAGCCAGCGACCACGGCAGCCGGGCCUGCUCUCCACUGUUUGACAGCGGCUUGCAUUUGAAUGGCAACCCCACCAGCACAGCUCCAUCAUCACCUUCCUCGCCCGUAGCUAACGAACCAAAGUAUGAGAAGCGCUGGCUAGACACCCUGUCAGUUCCUCUGUCUAUGGCUCGAAUCUCAAGGUACAAGGCUGGAGCGGAGAAAUUAAGGUCCAGCGCGUUCAAGGUGCUGGCUCUGGACGGGGUCAGCACGGGGAUCCUGCAGUUUCACACAGCCCAGGAGAGCGCUGACUGGCUGAGAGCAGUGUCCGCGAACAUCAGUGACCUGACAAGACAGAGGGUGAGGACGGAGAAUAAGUGCUCUUCCCCUUGUGACCAGGUUGUGCAUAUGGGGUGGGUCACCCCCCCCCUCGAAGGCACCGGCUCCUGUCACACCUUCCGAUCCAAGUUCCUGGCCCUGACCCCCCCCCCCCUGCAUGUGUUCAGCACCCCUCCGGUUAGCAUGUUAGACCCCCCCCCCGCAGAAAAAACCUACAACCUCUGUGAGGUACUAUUUAAACUUCACAAGUUCUGGCUCGCGGAGGAUUGCUGGCUGCACGUGGACCUCGGCCUGGGGCCUCACAGCCUUGAGGACACGUGGCCCUACUGCUUCAGUGUCCUGGUCGGCCAUGGCCCCCCCCCCCUGUUCAGCGUGGAGCUGGGGAGUGAGCUGGCUGCGUGGGAGAGGUCUUUCCCCCCCCCCCCUUCCAUGGAAGUUCAGAGAACCGGGUCGAGAACAUAUGCGUGUAGCUGGCAAGGAGAAACGCUGUGUUUCACGGUGGAUUUCGCUUUGGGAUUCACCUGUUUUGACAGUAAGACAAAGAAUGUGCUCUGGAGAUUUAAAUUUUCUCAGCUUAAGGGAUCUUCAGACGAUGGAAACACUCGAGUGAAGCUGCUGUUCCAGCAUCUGGACACCAAACAGAUAGAGGUGAAGGAGCUCGAAUUCCCGGACCUGACGGCCGUCCUGCACUGCAUUCACGCCUUCCUAGCGGCAAAGGUGGCCUCCGUGGACCCCACGUUCAUGGACCGCCAGAGCAUCGCAAGGAAAAGACGGACUGUGGUCCUAGAUCACAUCCUCAUGUCUCACGGCUUCGAGGACAGGAAGCACGGAACCGUCAGGAGACAGUUCAGGAGAACAGCGUGCCUGGCAGAAGGCAGCCCAGCACCCACGGGCCCUGGUAGCCCAGAGAGGGUGCUCUGCGCUGUGCCCCGCAUGGUGGGCGGUGAAGGACACCUCUGUGUGAAUCCUGGGUCUCUGGAGAGGCUGAGGGACCAUAAGCCCGUCGGAAAGGAGGAGACUGAGUACGACCUGUCUGCCCCAGCUGGGGGACUCCAGGGACUUCAGUGCGACGGGCCCUCCUCCUGUGAGGGCCGCACCCUAAGAGCCGACAAGCUGCGAGCCCUGGCAUGA